AUGCUCUAUAAACUGGUUGUUAGUUUCCUUUGUGAGGCCGAACUGGUUGAUGAGGUACCCAUAAAAAGUCUACUAGAGCUAAUAAAUCACGAUGGCACGUUUUUGUACCACCUAAUGAAGCGCUUGGGCGUAGACGUUUCAUCAAUCCACAAUAGACUCUAUCAUAGGUCACACACGAGGGCCAAUAUUCUUUCCAACCACGAGGUCAUGCUAGCCUUCAUCGCCACCUCGGGUAUCUCCCCAACCUUGCUUCCUGCCCCAAAGGUUCUCUAUUCUGCAACUAAGGAGGGGGUCGCUGCAAAUCUUAUUUACCAGGUACUGCGGUGCAUAUACCGCAAGCGUAUCCGUCAGGCAGAAGGUUAUAUUAUCAAGAUGGCGAACUACCUGAAUGCAUUAUACACCCUGCGGUCCGAACCAGUCUAUCAGCUGACGGGAUUCAGCAGACACACCAGCUUGCCAGCUUCUCUCGUCAAGCUCAGCCUUUCCACAUCAUGUAUUAGCUUUUCUAUAUUUGUGGCCGGUAUCCACCGAUUUUUGAGUGAGAGUGGUGUGCCUUGUGUGGAUUUCUUAACAAACUUCUAUAAGUUUCCUACAACACUUCAGCACAUGACCCGUAAUCACACUAAGAUGCAGCACUUGCUCGCAGCUCUCGGCGUUCCGCUGUUCUUCUCUCCCUUAGCGUGGCUUUCUAUCAAAGACGAAGAGCCAUAUUUCGACCUACGCCUAAUACAAGUAUAUCUGAUUUUUGACAAGUUCCGUGGUUGUGUUUCCACACUUCUGUUCAAGAAGCUCAAGCAGAUUCUCUUUGCAUCACGCUCCAUGGAUCCCGCGCUCCCGCAGUCGCUAGAUCUAGUGUGGCGUGACGCAAUCUGUGGCUCCUGCAUAGAUCCACAAGACGGACUUUUAGCAUUUGCCAAAUCAACUGAUCCGGGCCUAGACUUUGAUACUUUGUCAAAUGAUAGCGAUAUCCGUCACGAUGAACCUAAGAGGCCCGAUCCUAAUAGUGUGGACGCUCAUGGUAAAAAGGAUUCUGCAUCGAUUAUGUUGUGUCCUACUGACAUUCAAACGGUAACAGGUGGAGAGUAUGAUGAUACUUUGCCCAAGCUUCUUCCACAUGAAGCAGAGCAUCUGAUGAUGGUACUUUCUGAGCUUCCAGAACCAUCACGGAGUGUAACUAGCCAAGGACCUGGGUCUCCUACUCAUUACCGUGAAGCAAAAACCCACAGAAUACGGAAUGCCGACCCUAUCUCUGCAACGCAUCCAAUAUAUUCUGACGAAGAGCAUGACAAGCUACUUGAAGCGAGAUCUUACAAGUCAUCUGCUACUGUCUAUACACAUGAGGUAGUAGAACCUAAGCAAGAGGUUAUAGACCGAACUGAACUAACCGACUACGCUCCUCUAAGUGAUACUGAGUUGAGAGCUUGUCAGUCUUCUCAGUCUAUCUUGCCUGCGAGCGCAGAUGAACAACUGGAAUAUCGUGUGCAGAAACUUCUUAGUAAUGAUGUAGACUUAACAUCUGAUCCUUCAGAAUCCCAGAAGUUACCUGCCCUAACACAGGUUGAGGACAAGGAAAGCUCAGAGGAUUCUCAGAUGGCACAGGCGCGGCAUUCUUCUCAGCAUAAGAGCUCUUCUUCCCCUCCAGGUGCAUUACAUAUCCAAGUCCAUCGCAUUCACGAUGAUACCAUGCGCCACAAAUCGUCCCUGCCACAUCCAUGCAGCAUGUCCCCGUCUGCUCAUCGACUGAGUGACGAGUGCAUCCAGCGCAGCUUCCACAACCACCACGAGGUUAUUACCGAUAGUGAAGAUGAGGUAUGUAGUACCAUAACACCAGACCAGAUCAAGGCGAAGUACCGCAUUUGUUUCCUUCCUUCUCCUGCUGUCAAUGUUGAGCAUACUUCAGAGCAUGUUCUGCCACCAGCUGAGACCUCCAACCCUACGGUCAACAUCCAGAAAGACAAGAGUGGUCCCAAGCAAGAGCUGUGUAUUAAGUACUCAGAGUCUGAAGACGAUGGCCCUUCACUAAUGCUGCCUCCUCCUCUGCCGGGCCCAUCUGUUUCGCAUGCUGCCAAGCAAACAUCCUCCAGCCCCAAUCUUCCUCAGCUAGGUAACUCUCGUCUUAAUGAGCCUGAUGACAGGUCUAGCACUAGCACUCAAGAGUACGACUUAUCCGGGAUCGUCCUGAAAAACCUUUCAUCUAAACCAGAAGCCCAUACUUCAGUUACGCAAAAUGGUGGCACUAAUUCACCACACCCAGACACUCUCCAGCUUAGUGCAGACACUGCUGAGCAAAGUCAGGCUCGAAUAGAGCACGUCACUCAUUCACAAGAUACACUAUCUAAUGAGGAUUUUAGGCUAGCCCGGGUUGGGUUGCUUCCGCAAUCCGGCUCGGGCAAAAUCAAUUCAUUACAGUUACAAUCGGUGAAUCUGUCUACUUUGGCUGCGACAGACAAGCAACUAGCUGAUGGGCUACUUGUGGAACCUCGUGGUGUGUCAUCCUCUUAUGCUGAAAAUACUGCCCCCGUUCUCUCUGCUCAAGACUUAGACGAAGAGGCCAAAGAAGCACAGGAUCGCUAUGUUGCACGGUUUCCGAUUAGAAUCCAAAAGCAUAUCCGCGAGAAUCAUCUUCUUGCCCUCUCUGAGCUUCCAUCAAGGUUACUCGGGGAUAGAGCCACCUUUCCAGCAGAUCUUACUCGUGCUUUUAUAGAUGCUAAUGGACAUAUCUAUCGUCUCUACGGUCUGGAUUUUAUUCGUAUUUCUGUUGAUGGAAGCGUGCAUAUAGAACCAGAUGAAGAUUUAGAGUCGGAUCAAAGAGCUCUAAAAGCCUCUCUUUCGUCAUCUAACGCCACGGACUUGCCGUUGAAUUAUAUCUCUCAGCCUAGCCAGGUAGGAACGCACGUUCAAUCUCAGCAAUCUUUGAUUCUAUCAAACACAUUGGCAUCUUCAGAAAAAACCACGCUUAGGGACUUUCCGGAUCCACAAUACUUUGCUAAUCAUAAGAAACUAGAUAGCUUGAACUAUGAGACUAGCAGUGCUGAUCUACCAGCGGUUCAAACACUAUGCUUAACUCUUCCAGCUCCUAAUACGCCUGGUUCCGCCUGUUCAGACUCCAGUUGUGCCACCUCUAAGCACCUGCCUGCAAUGCAGGAAGAGUUGUGUGAUGAAAGUGUGCCUGUAUCCAAAGCCACGGUGGAACCAUGCUUGAUUGAGGAUCUUGGGCCUCUUCUUAAUGACUGCACAGAGCAGCAAGAUAUACAUCUUCUUUCCAGUAGCAGUGUUGCGCCUCUGAUCUGCCUGGAUGACUUGGAUGACGCUGGAGAAGCUUUUGUGGAUGCCGAGUGUGUCGGCCAAUCCUUAGAGUCUGAUCAUGUGCUGGUGCAUGAUAUCUACCUUCCUAAUACUCUAGACGGCUGCGAAACCUACUCCACUGUCGAUGGACCCAGCAGCGUUUUCAGUGCCCAAAGUAUGCGAAAGUCCAUCGGUAUAAGCUCUGCCAGCUCCAAGCGUAGCUUGAAUCCUAUGCUAUCAAUGUCCUCCCACGUGUCACGACCCACCUCGUCACAAAUAGAUUGUGAAGCCCCCCGUGCUUCUGACACGACUGAGCUUGCCAUUGCUAUUACCGAAGUACUCAAUGACCCAAUAAUAGCCCAUAUUGAGUCACCAACGACUGAUCGUUUAAUCACCGCCCAUGGGCCGCGUCAGAAUAGCGAGCAAAACCCCGGCGUUACCCCGGAUCCAUCAGCGGUGUGCGCAUCGGACGAGCAGUCUAGACCAUCAACCUCAUCUGUGGCACUUACUUUCGUGACGGAAACUCAAACGGUACCGCCGUUUGAUAUCACCCCCCAAAUUCAGCUGGAAAAUCUGCUUACAUCGAAAUUCAUGGACUGCUUUAUCGAGUCCUAUCUCAAGAAAACCCAAUUUAGAGUGCCUAGUACAGAUAAGUGUAUAGCUGUUGGUGCUGACGCUGACGCUAACGUUCUUAUGAGUACUGAAGGUGAGACGCCUGUCACUGCGACCUUGAGACCCACCGCCUCUUUGAAACAAAAGCUUAAUCACUAUGUUCAUUCUGUUACUAAUAAGACCCGGAUGAGGGGUGAGACCAUUACAACUCCAGGACAGGGGGCGCAUCAAACCAAGUCACAGCUAACGCCAACGAGGGGUGGAGCCCAAACGCAUGUUGUCAACGGUCAGCACACUAUCCGCGCCACCCACUUGUCUGCUCCCACCAGCGCUAAACAUACAUCGUCAUCCGGUGCAGGUACUCACGGGACCGAGCAAUCUCUUCCACCAGCCUUCCGCAAUCUGAACAAGGAGCAGGCGUGCUUGUAUCAUCAAAUCAAUGAUGGCGCACAUCUGAAUGACAGCUCGCCACAACUGUGCAGAAAACUUCGCAGCAACAAAUUAGCUUUCUCCGUUCCGGUUCAUUCGCCUAUUCAGCGAUUUAUGUAUACAUUGAAGUGCCUCAACAUAGAUUCCUCUAGGAUAAGCAGUGAAACAACGCUGUUUUCAGUGCUCCGAAAUAACAACUCCGGAUUUUAUCUUGGAAUAUAUGCGCGACAAUACAUAGUUCUUCGCAUUGAGAUAUCAGACGUUUACAAGAUAGAGAGGAACCUAUGUCAGGUGUAUCUAUAUUUUCUACGUGCAUUCGUAGCAACAGGGGACAACUUGCUCUUCGCCCAUCUUGAUCUACUAGACGACCGGACCGCCCAAUCCUUUGUAAGGGACCUCACUGCUGCCGUAGAGAUGGUGAAGCCUCUGAUUUCUGAGCGCUAG